UGAUGAUUCAGACCUUGUCUGCAGUUCAGAGAGGUAAGAGAGAGGAACCAAGGUACCGCUAUUUACUGUAGAUCUCAAGAACUUCAGAAAGAGAAUCUCCCACUCACAGAAUCAUCAAACAGAAAAGCACCACCAAAGACGAGGUAACCAUGACCAUCAACACCACCCAUAACUGCACCGAGCCGCAGAUUAACCUUAUUUUCGUGGGGGUCUACGCCGUUGUCUUCACCGUCGGCCUCUUCCUCAAUCUCACAGCACUGGUAGUCUUCUUCUGUUAUACCAAGUUGUGGUCCCACACCAUGGUUUACAUGACAAACCUGGCCAUCGCAGACCUCCUCCUGGUCCUAACUCUGCCCCUGAGGAUCUACUACCAUCUGGGCUUGUCCGGGUUACCUCAGGUCUUGUGUGAAGGGAUGGGCCUGGUUCUUCUGGUCAACAUGUAUGGCAGCAUAUUCCUCCUCACCUGCAUGUGUUUCGACCGCUGCAUGGCCGUGUGCCUACCCAUGUUGUCCUGGGUCCAGGAGGGGCGUAAGAAAGCCCCGCUGGUCUGCCUUGGGGUGUGGUUGCUCACCGCAGGCGCCAGCCUCCCCAUCUACAUCUCCAAACGCAGAGAGGUGUCCAAGGACAUCCAGGUCAAUUGUUUCGGGAACCUCCCAGUCUACGCCAUGCAGCCCAUGGCGGUCGCCUCGACUUUAACCGUCGGCUUCGGCAUCCCCUUAUUGGUGAUGUUAGUCUGUUCCUGGGCAUUGAUCCAGGCCAUCACAAGGAGCUCCAUAGCCCAAACAGACUACAUCGACUCUGGGAAGAUUCAGAGGAUGAUCACCAUCAGCCUGGUGAUAUUCCUCACCUGUUUCCUGCCCUACCAUGGGACUCUGGCCCUCCUCUAUGUCCAUAGGGAGGCGAUAACAUGCCCCCUUCUGGCAGCAUACCACUAUAGCCUAAUGGUGGCCUGUCUGAAUGCCAUGUUGGACCCACUAGCCUACUACUUCACAACAGAGACGUUCAGGAGGAAGAUGGAUAAGGAUUCUGUCAGAAGGAUGUUCCCUGUAAACAGUCACAGCUCUGAGGGGAUCAACACGAGGUUAUCCAGAGGACCUGUCAAUACCUAAAAGACUUUAAAUAUAGUUCAAAUGUGGAGUCUUUAUAACAAUUAUGAAUUUAUAAAAGGAUCCACAGGCAUAUUCUCAUUGUACUUUUAUCCAAUGAAGCCUCGUCUACAGAACUGCAUCGGUUAUCGACGUUUGCAGAUGUUACACAUGAGGCUAAAUGAUGCAGUCCCAGGUGUCCGUGGCUCAAAUGGUGUAGGGAUCUACUGAUUCCUGCUGGGUCUUUGCUUGGGAAACCAUGUUUUGUUGACUUUUCAGCCUUUUACUGACAUUGAUUGGUUGAUGAAGAGUAGCUAACUAAACUCCACUCCUUGGUAAAGGAAGUUUCUGAUGAAAUAAACCAAUGGAGUGGGGUAGACUGAGGCCAGGCUUUGUGUAAUUCAGCUCCAACUACACCGAUUCGCCCAAGGUCAAUGCUUAAACAUUUUUAAAUUAUGAAACGCUUACCUUGUGUCUAUGUUUGUACUCUGUAGUUGCGUGCCUUUCUUUGUUUCCUGAAAUCCAUGCUUUUUCAAGAAACAUUAAUCAAAUACAACCACCGACUGUUUGCUCAUUGCUGUUGCUCUAAGAUGGCAACUCAGCGCAAAUGCACGUGCCAAUUGAAUCUCAACAAGGAAACGGUCGGUGGUUGGAAACUUCCUUCACCAUGAAGUGGAGUUUAGUCAGUUAGAUGCAAAGUAGACCCAAGGUAAUAUGGAGAACCAGUUUAUGGCAUCCAUGGACUGGAUAGCUGGAGUUGAUCUACCCUGAAUUUUUUUUUCUUCGUAUGUUGCGAAUGUGCAACACGAACAGUGACAAAUUAACUGGUAGAGAUGGCGUGAGAUGUAGCCACUGAACAAACAGUGCCAAUAUAUCCUCCAAACACCGGCUUCGAGGGCAUUAUCACUUUUAUACAACGGGUUACCAAUA